AUGCUAUAUCAUAAUCCCUUCUGAUAAAAAUAUAAAUUCACAGUUGAAUAUUUUCUCAACAUGCCCAUGGAUUGGUAUUAAGGUCAAAAUGACAAUUUAGCUGCUUGAACGUGCUACAGAAGAUCCACAAGCUUACUUUUGAAUUGAAGGAAGCCAUGGGAAAAUUGAUCUGCUGGUAUAAGCUUCAGGCUUUCCUUUUUUUCUGGGCGAUCAUUGCUCUGUUUCCCAAAAUAUCAUCAGCAAUCGAUAGUAUAAAAGCAGGGGAAUCCAUCAAUGGUAGUACCCUUAUAUUAGUUUCAGCUCAACAGAAGUUUGUGUUGGGAAUCUUCACUCCUCAAGGCUCCAAAUUUCAGUACUUAGGAAUAUGGUUCAAAGACAUCUCACAGAUUGUCGUAUGGGUCGCAAACAGAGACAACCCACUUGUAAAUUCCUCUGCCAAAUUAACAGUCAAUGAAAAAGGAAGCAUUAUUCUUCUGAAUGAAACAGGUGGAGUUUUAUGGUCUUCCCCUUCUCCUGCAGGCUUUGUUAAAGAAUCAUUGGCUCAGCUACUAGAUACAGGUAAUUUGGUUUUAAUAGAUUCAGGUUCUGGAAAUUAUAUGUGGCAGAGUUUCGAUUAUCCCUCUGAUACUCUGUUACCGGGGAUGAAACUGGGUUGGGACUCGAAAACCGGCCUGAACCGAACGUUAAGAUCAUGGAGAAACCAAAGCGAUCCGUCGUCUGGGGACUUCACUUACGGCAUUCAAUUUGAUGGGCUUCCCCAAUUAAUACUUCGCAAAGGGCCCGUCAUAAAGUACCGAAGCGGCCCAUGGUACAAUGGUAGGUUUAGUGGUAGUGAUCCACUCGGAGAUACCGCAGUUUAUUCUACAAAGUUCCAAUAUAGCGCCGACGAAGUGACUUAUUCAUACGAAGCUAGAAGCAGUGUCAUUAUACGAUUUCAACUCAACUCAACCGGGACGUUGCAGAUACUUUAUUGGGACGAGCGUAAAAGAAAUUGGCAUCCUGUGUAUGCAUUGCCAGAAAACCGUUGUGACGAGUAUGGACUCUGUGGGAAUUUUGGUGUUUGUAAAUCCCUCUUAGAAAAAUGCAAUUGUCUAGAUGGGUUUGUACCCAAAUCACCCGAAGCUUGGGCAAAUCUUACGUGGUCAGAUGGUUGCGUUAGAAGGGACAAUCAGUACUGCGGAAAUGGAGAAGGGUUUAGAGUAUUCAGCAGUGUGAAAUUGCCAGAUUCUUCAGGGUAUUUGGUGAAUGUUAAUACAAGCAUUGAUGACUGCAUGGUGGUGUGCUUGAACAACUGCUCUUGCUUGGCCUAUGGAAUAAUGGAACUUUCCAUAGGCGGCUAUGGCUGCGUCACUUGGUUUCAGAAAUUGAUGGAUGUUAGAAUCGUUCCUGAGAAUGGACAGGAUCUCUAUGUAAGAGUGGCGGCUUCUGAAUUAGUCUCGGAUGACUCUAGCAAUAGGAAGCUUAUAGUCGGGCUCACUGUGUCUGUGGCUUCACUGAUAGGCUUCUUGGUUUUAGCGGUUCGCUUUAUCCUGCGGCGUAGAAGGGAUGUUGAAGCUGAGAUUCAAUCUCAAGAAAAUGAAGUUGAGAUGCCACUCUAUGAUUUUACUGAGAUUGAGGUUGCCACAAACAAUUUCUCUUUUCAUAAUAAGAUAGGUGAAGGUGGUUUUGGUCCUGUAUACAAGGGAAUUCUUCCAAAUGGACAAGAAAUUGCAGUAAAAAAGCUGGCAGAGGGUUCAAGCCAAGGGCAAAGGGAGUUCAAAAAUGAGGUCUUGUUGAUCUCCAAACUUCAACAUCGGAAUCUCGUCAAGCUGCUUGGUUUCUGCAUUCAUCGAGAAGCAACAUUGCUGGUUUAUGAAUAUAUGCCAAACAAAAGUCUAGACUACUUCCUCUUCGAUGAUAAAAAGCGAUCAUUACUUAACUGGAAAAAAAGAUUAGAUAUCAUAAUUGGAAUAGCUCGAGGGCUUCUUUAUCUCCAUAGAGAUUCAAGACUUAUAAUUAUACAUAGGGAUCUCAAGGUGAGUAAUAUACUACUUGAUAAUAACAUGAAUCCAAAAAUUUCAGACUUUGGUUUAGCACGCACAUUCGCCGAAGACCAAACUAUCACUAAAACCAAAAGAGUUGUUGGGACCUAUGGUUAUAUGUCUCCUGAAUAUGCAAUCGACGGGUACUUUUCAACGAAGUCUGAUAUCUUUAGUUUUGGAGUUAUUCUUUUAGAAAUUGUUAGUGGUAAGAAGAAUAGAGGCUUCUUCCAUCAAGAUCAUCACUUAAAUCUUCUUGGACAUGCAUGGACGCUCUGGAAUGAAGGAAAUGCUUUAAAAUUAAUGGAUGAAACGUUGAAAGAUGAAUUCCAAAACUCCAAAGUUUUGCAAUGCAUUCAAGUAGGUCUUUUGUGCGUUCAAGAGAAUCCAGAUGAAAGACCAACUAUGUGGUCAAUACUUUCAAUGUUAGAGAGUGAAAAUAUGUUAUUACCUCAUCCUAAACAACCUGGAUUUUACACCGGGAGAAACGUUUGUAAGAUCCAUAAAUUACCAAUUGAAAUCCCCACCUCCAAUAAAGUAACCAUUACACUAUCACAAGAAAUCACUUGCUUUGAUUUGAGAGAAGCCAUGGGAGAACUGAUUUGCAGGUGCAAGCUUUCGGCUUUUCUAAUUUUUUGGACAACGAUAGCUCUGUUUCCAAGAAAAUCAUUAGCAAUCGAUAGCAUAAAAGCAGGGGAAUUCAUUAACGGCAGCACCCAGAUAUUAGUUUCAGCUCAACAGAACUUUGUAUUGGGAAUCUUCAAUCCCCAAGGCUCCAAAUUUCAAUAUUUGGGAAUAUGGUACAAACAAAUCCCACAGACUGUCGUGUGGGUUGCAAACAGAGACAACCCACUUGUAAAUUCCUCUGCCAAAUUAACAGUCAACGGAGAAGGAAACAUCAUUCUUCUCAACGAAACAGGUGGAGUUUUAUGGACUUCCCCUUCUCCAGGAUCAGUGAAACAACCCGUCGCUCAGCUGCUAAACACAGGUAAUUUGGUUUUAACCGAAUCUGGGUCUGAGAAUUAUCUGUGGCAGAGCUUUGAUUGCCCUUCUGAUACUCUGUUGCCGGGAAUGAAACUGGGUUCAGACUCCAAAACCGGUCUGAACCGAAAGUUAACGUCUUGGAAAAGCUCAAACGAUCCGUCGUCUGGGGCUUUCACUUAUAGUAUUGAAACGGAUGGGCUCCCCCAAUUUGUAAUUCGCGAAGGACCCAUCAUAACUUUUCGAGGCGGCCCAUGGUACGGUAAUAGAUUUAGUGGAAGUGGGGCAUUGAGAGAUACCCCAGUUUAUUCCCCAAAGUUCGAUUAUAAUGCUACCGAAGCCGUCUUUUCAUUUGUUCCUGCGGAUAGUCUCUCUGUAAGACUGGUAUUGAACGCGGCUGGGUUAGUUCAACAGUUUUAUUGGGUCGAUGAUGGAAAAUAUUGGAACCCUUUGUAUACAAUGCCAGGAGAUCGCUGCGAUGUCUAUGGACUUUGUGGAGAUUUUGGUGUUUGUACAUUUUCCCUCACAGCUGAAUGUGAUUGUAUGGUUGGGUUUCAACCCAAAUCGCCUAAUGAUUGGGAAAGGUUUAGAUGGUCUGAUGGGUGUGUUAGAAGGGACAAUCGAACCUGUGGAAAUGGAGAGGGAUUUAAAAGAAUCAGUAGUGUGAAAUUGCCAGAUUCUUCAGGGUAUUUGGUGAAUGUCAAUACAAGCAUUGAUGAUUGUAAGGCGGCGUGCUUAAACAACUGCUCAUGCUUGGCUUAUGGAAUAAUGGAGCUUCCAACAGGCGGCUAUGGCUGCGUUACCUGGUUUCAUAAGUUGGUGGAUGUUAAAUUUGUUCUUGAAAAUGGACAAGAUCUCUUUGUGAGAGUGGCGGCUUCAGAACUUGGUGACUCAACCAAGAAGAAGCUUUUGGUAGCAAUUUGUGUGUCUGUGGCUUCAUUUCUAGGCUUCUUGGCUUUUGUCAUUUGCUUUAUCCUUGGGCGUAGAAGGAGACUUAGAGGUAAUGUGAUAUCUCCUGAUAUCACUGAAGGUCAUAUUCAAUCUCAAGAAAACGAAGUGGAAAUGCCAAUCUUUGAUUUUACUACGAUCGAGAUUGCGACAAAUGGUUUCUCUUUUUCGAAUAAGAUAGGGGAAGGUGGUUUUGGUCCUGUAUACAAGGGAAAGCUUUCUUGUGGACAAGAGAUUGCAGUAAAGAGACUGGCAGAGGGCUCUGGCCAAGGGCAAAUUGAGUUCAAAAAUGAGGUUUUGUUGAUUUCACAACUUCAGCAUCGAAAUCUUGUGAAGCUUCUUGGUUUCUGCAUUCACCAAGAAGAAACAUUGCUGGUUUAUGAAUAUAUGCAAAACAAAAGUUUAGAUUCCUUCCUCUUCGAUAAUAAGAUGCGAUCUUUACUCAAUUGGCAAAAGAGAAUGGACAUCAUAAUUGGGAUAGCUCGAGGACUUCUUUACCUUCAUAGAGAUUCAAGACUGAGAAUAAUACAUAGGGAUCUCAAAGUAAGUAAUAUAUUACUAGAUAAUGAAAUGACUCCAAAAAUUUCAGACUUUGGUAUGGCACGGAUGUUUGGGGAAGGUCAAACUAUGACCCAAACCAAAAGAGUUGUUGGGACCUAUGGUUAUAUGUCUCCAGAAUAUGCACUCGACGGAUGUUUUUCAUUGAAAUCAGAUGUAUUUAGCUUUGGGGUAAUUCUAUUGGAAAUAGUUAGUGGUAAGAAGAAUAGAGGUUUCUUUCAUACCGAUCAUCAACUAAAUCUUCUCGGACAUGCAUGGAAGCUUUGGGAUGAAGAAAAUGCUUUGGAGUUAAUGGAUGGAUCAUUGGAAGAUGAAUUCGAACCUUCUCAAGCCCUACGAUGCAUUCAAGUAGGACUUUUGUGUGUUCAACAGAAUCCUGACGAAAGGCCAACUAUGUGGUCAGUACUUUCAAUGUUGGAGAGUGAAAAUGUGUUCCUAUCUCAUCCUAAACAACCUGGAUUUUACAUGGAAAGAAUGUUUUCUAAGACCGAUAAAAUAUCAGCUGAAACCUCCACUUCCAAUGAAGUUACAGUUACAUCGCUACGUGGUCGUUAGUAAAUAUUAACAGGGAAUAAGGGCACUUUGUAAUUAGUACUUUUUCCUUUGAUUGCUUUGUGCCAUACAUAUUCUUGACGAUACAAGAUGUGUGCAACUUGGCUUUUUUCAUUCAGAGGCCAAAAAGUGGCUUCUGCUAUCAAUUUGAUGGUUCUGCUGGUCAAAUUAUCAUUAUAUAUCAUUGGAAACGAUUCAAUUCUAUAAUUGUUUUGGAUAUUGGCACA